AUGAUCCCUUUGCGAGGGCAUCGCGCCUCCCACACGUCCCGAUGCGCCUUCCUUGCCGCCGCCUUGCUCCUGCCCUUCCUUGCUGCCGCCGACUAUGUGCAGACAAACAUCACUGAGACGCCCAACUUCAAGUUGCUUCCUGGCAUCGCCUCGGUGCCGGCACCCGUCACUGUUGCGCCGGACCAAAACUGGAUAGGAAUUGAUGGCGCAUGGAACACAUUCACUCUGACCAUAGGCGAGCCCCAGGAGCGCGUACAAGUCUAUGUGUCAACUGCCAGCCAGCAGAUAUGGGCCAUUAAUCGCAUGGCCUGUAUUUCCAACACCACGGACCCCGCAACUGGAGAGAUCACGGCACUCAACGUCUUCGAUUCAGAUUGUGAGCUUAGUCGCGGUUACUUGUUUAACAGCAGCAAUUCGGAAACCUGGCAGCAGAAGGGCUUCUAUCAACUCUGGAUUGAAAAAUAUCUCGGACUGGUCGGGAAUGGAUUGUACGGCUUCGAUUCGGUGGGUCUGGGGAGGGCCGGGGAGAUGGGGCCCUCUGUCCAGAACACUACGAUCGGCACCUUGGUUACAGCCAACUUCUGGCUCGGGCAUAUAGGCGUGCAUUCUAAGUCGACCAACUUCUCUGUCUUCGAUGAGCCAGUCCCAAGCUACAUAACGACUCUGUUCACGCAGAAGAGUAUUCCCAGUUUGUCUUUUGGCUACACUGCAGGCGCACAGUACCGUGAUCAGACAGUCCUCGGAAGUCUUACGCUUGGCGGCUACGACGCCUCCCGCCUCAUUCCCAACGACCUUACCUUCAUCUUCGCACCGGACAAUGAGCGUGACCUGGUGGUUGGUGUCGUUGGCAUCACGGCAAAUACCACGUCGAAAGCAAACAUUGACCUCCUGAAGACGGACGACGUCACCAUGUACAUUGAUUCGACGAUUGCAGAACUCUACUUGCCAGUCGAAAUAUGCCAAGCUUUUGAAGAUGCGUUUGGGUUGCAGUACGACGAAGCGACUGAUCUCUACCUUGUAGAUGAUACCCUUCACCGGAGUCUCCUCGCACAGAACCCCAGCGUGACGUUUACUCUCGGACAAAAAUACAGCACCGAUGCCACUCUACAGAUCACUUUGCCUUAUGCUGCCUUGGAUUUGGAGGCAACACCUCCUUAUAGAGGACUCAAAGAGAAGACGAAGUACUUUCCGAUCAGGCGAGGUGAUGAGUCGCGCCAGUGGAUAUUAGGCAGGACGUUUCUGCAGGAGGCCUACUUGACUGUAGAUUGGGAACGCCAGAACUUUACCGUGUCGGCUGUUGACUGGACGUUUGGAAAAGCACCAGAGAUCCUUCCCAUCGUGUCGCCUACCUAUGCAGUUCCACACUACACUCCCCCGAAGAAAAAGCUUUUAUCGCCCACAGCAGUUAUUGGGAUUGCAGUGGGAGGUGGCUUUUUCGUUGCUUUGGUUUUAUGCGCAAUCGGAUGGUGGUUCUGGCAUCGUCGGCACAAACGCAAAUUGGAAGCUAUCAAGGAGAAAUACGAGGCCGAAGUCGCUGCGGCUGCAGUCACUAAGAUGGAUCCACCCGUUUUGGAGGAGGCUCCGACCUCUCCAGUACGAAGUAGUACCGAAGGUAUGACUGUCUUCCCGAAAGCUGAGCUCCCUGGUACAUCUCAUGUACAUCACGAGAUGGGCUCCAACGUAGGAGAGAAGAGUUCAUUGCUGGUGCAUGAGGCAGACGGCAAGGAGCGUCAGAUUUACGAGAUGCCUGGCGACAUGCCUGUGCUUCCGGAAGCAGGCGGCCGUCAACUGUCGGAAAAGGAGUCCAUGGUGGUACGUGAGAGGAUAUACAACGGCGUAGAUCCAACCGGUACGCCAGACGCACCACCCGUGGCACAUGACGAGUCGCGAAGGCUCGUACCGAUCAUUCCCUCAGAAGUGUCGAUGGUGAGUGAUCGACUACCGGCUGACAACGUGUCGCCUAUCACACCACGGACACCCCGAGACGGUGCGUUCUUGGAAGCUUCGGACACAUUUUUCCAACUGCCGCCCUACCGUGCUCGCGAUGGAAGACGCACCGAAUCGGAUGACGAUCCCCUCUCCCCCGUCUCGCCUCUGGAAGGGUCUACGGAUGCCUCCCGACGGCGGUUCUCCUACGAGUCAUGA